CAUGACUUAUUCCGGCAAGCUCGGAAAUAGCCGACUAAUGUCCGAAUGCCUCACGACAAAAGGAAAUAAUUGCUGCAGGGAAACCUUUUAGUUUUUUGUCCCUUUUGCUCCAAAUGCCCAAGAUCGGUGGAUUCAUUUAAAAAUAAAACAGUCCGUGAUCUCUUUUAUUUUUAUUACAUUUUCACAGAAAUUAGAGGCAGCGGGUUUGUCAAUCCUUUAAUUAAAGUUAUGACGGCCUUACUUAUGUAGAGCUGUGUAUUUUCUUCAAUUAUGCAAGGUUUUAUAAGAUAGCAUCAGAUCGUGAUCAAAUAGCAUGGCGACAUUUAUAACAGUUAUAGCUCUCCUUUUGUUGUUCAUCUCCAAAAAUACAGUGUCUGGCAUUUCCUGUCUACAUUGUGGUAAUGGAGUCUCGGAUCUGGCAUACUGCAACAGGAUAGUGGAGUGUCCGGCAAACGAGAUAUGUUAUGUGGAGCAAUAUUGGCUGUCAAAAGAUACGGUGGCGCAGUACAGAGCAGGAUGCAUGCCAAUUCAGGAGUGCGAGGCGUCUAAAUGUCAAAACAAAACGUCUGGUGGCCAUGACCGCGCGUGCAUGGAGUGUUGCUAUGGUGAUCGAUGUAACAUAAAGGGAUGUAAUUCCAGCAUAGACGGAAAAGAUGGCACCGUAUUGAAUUGCUAUGAUUGCGAUGGACUUCAAAGCAACGAUCAUUGCUCUACAGUUACAAGUUGUCCGAGAGACAAUGAGAUGUGCCUGUUCCAACAUUUUCCUGCAACACAAACGUUUAAUGUGAAAUGUGUCAAGAUAGCUCACUGCAAGGUGCUGGACACAGCGUAUGAGCACGUUGAGCCAGAAAACAGAGCGGCCCAUUGUUGUAACACCACGCUAUGUAACUGGCAACAACCUGGCGAGAAUACAACGGUCCCAAAACCAGACUUAGCUGAUGGCGCUUGGAGUAAUUGGUUACCAUGGACACAAUGUGACGUCACGUGUGGUCAUGGCAACAGACAGCGAUCACGCACCUGUUCCAAUCCGGCACCGUCGAAAUGCGGGCUAGACUGUGUUGGGAACACCACGGAAACUGGCGAUUGUGCUGGCACUGCCUGUCCGGCCUUCUGGAUGGAAUGGGCGAACAGUAACUGUCCGGUCACGUGUGGUGUCGGCAAUGUUUGGCGCAUGCGCGCAUGCAGCACCGGAAAUGACGCAGACUGUCCUGGUGACUUCGGAGAAUUCUAUGCAUGCGACGAAGGACCAUGUGAUGUUGACGGUGCUUGGAGUAACUGGUUAUCGUGGACGCAGUGUGACGUCACAUGUGGUCAUGGCUACAGACAGCGGUUACGUAACUGCUCCAACCCGGAACCAUCGGAUGGCGGGCUAGACUGUGUUGGGAAUGUCACAGAAACCGGAGAUUGCUCUGGCACCGCAUGUCCGGCUUUUUGGUUGGAGUGGGCGAACACUAAUUGUCCGGUCACGUGUGGUGUCGGCCAUGUUUGGCGCAUGCGCUUAUGCAGCACCGGACAUGAUGCUGACUGCAUCGGGGAUUUUGGAGAAUUACAUACAUGUGAUAGUGGGCCAUGUGCAGUCGACGGCGGUUGGGAGGUUUGGAACGAUUGGUCCAACUGUGACGUCACAUGUGGUCAUGGUCACAAACAAAGAACGCGCACCUGUUCUAAUCCCACGCCUGCUCAUGGGGGACACAAUUGCACUGGGAAAGACGCCGAAACUGCCUCGUGUAACUUGGAGAAAUGCCCAGUUGAUGGUGGUUGGGAAAUUUGGGGUGAUUGGUCGAAUUGUGACGUCACUUGUGGUCAUGGCAAUAAGCAAAGAAUUCGCAAUUGUUCCAAUCCCACGCCUGCGUAUGGGGGACAUAACUGCAUUGGGAUUGAAAGCGAAACGACAUCAUGUGACUUGGCAAAAUGUCCAGUCUGGUCGCCAUGGUUUGACACGGGAUGCUCUAAAACUUGCGACAAUGGAACCAAAACGCGUGUUCGCCACUGCAGCUCGGGGCACUCCGAGGACUGUUCAGGGAAAUUCACAGAAACUGUGCACUGCUUUGAAAGACAUUGUGCUGUCCACGGCGGCUGGGACCUUUGGGUUGCUUGGACCAACUGUGACGUCACAUGCGGUCAUGGCUACAAGCAAAGGGCACGCAACUGUUCUAAUCCCUCACCUGCUUAUGGGGGAAACAAUUGCACUGGGGGAGAAGCCGAAACGGCACCAUGUCAAAUGCCAAAAUGUCCAGCCUGGUCGUCAUGGUUUGAAACUAGCUGCUCAGUGACGUGUGGCAAUGGAACAAAAACGCGUGUCCGCCAUUGCAGCACGGGACAUUCUGAGGACUGUCCGGGAAACUCCACAGGAGUUAUUGACUGCUUCGAGCAACAUUGUCCGGUAAACGGCAAAUGGGCAACUUGGGUUAACUGGAGUAGCUGUGACGUCACGUGUGGUCAUGGAAGCAGAGAACGCACGCGCACUUGCUCUAACCCUCAACCGUUAUAUGGUGGGCUGAACUGUACUGGUGACGAACACGAAAUUGAGUCAUGUACUAUGAAAAUAUGCCCGGCAUGGACGUCAUGGUUUAACGGUGCCUGUUCGGUAACAUGUGGUAACGGAACGAUGACACGCAUGCGCCACUGUAACACCGGCCACAGGGAAGACUGUCCAGGGCACUUUCAAAUGACCGUGGAUUGUUAUAAACCACAUUGUCCAGUUGCGGGAAACUGGAGCGAGUGGGUCACGUGGUCAACUUGCAGCGCCACCUGUAAUGGCGGCCUUGAACACAGAAACCGGUCCUGUUCCAACCCUGCACCGCAAUAUGGUGGUCAGGACUGUGUCGGGAAUGGCACCGAGUCCAAGACAUGCUUUCUAGCACCUUGUCCUGUUGCGGGAAACUGGGGCGAGUGGGUCACGUGGUCAACUUGCAGCGCCACCUGUAAUGGCGGCCUGGAACACAGAAACCGGUCCUGCUCCAACCCCGCACCGCAGUUUGGUGGUCAUGACUGUGUCGGGAAUGGCACCGAAUCCAAGACAUGCUUUCUAGCACCUUGUCCUGUUGCGGGAAACUGGGGCGAGUGGGUCACGUGGUCAACUUGCAGCGCCACCUGUAAUGGCGGCAUGGAACACAGAAACCGGUCCUGCUCCAACCCCGCACCGCAGUUUGGUGGUCAUGACUGUGUCGGGAAUGGCACCGAGUCCAAGACAUGCUUUCUAGCACCUUGUCCUGUUGCGGGAAACUGGGGCGAGUGGGUCACGUGGUCAACUUGCAGCGCCACCUGUAAUGGCGGCAUGGAACACAGAAACCGGUCCUGCUCCAACCCCGCACCGCAGUUUGGUGGUCAUGACUGUGUCGGGAAUGGCACCGAGUCCAAGACAUGCUUUCUAGCACCUUGUCCUGUUGCGGGAAACUGGGGCGAGUGGGUCACGUGGUCAACUUGCAGCGCCACCUGUAAUGGCGGCCUGGAACACAGACACCGGUCCUGCUCAAACCCCUCACCACAGUAUGGUGGUCAGGACUGUGACGGGAAUGGCACCGAGUCCAAGACAUGCUUUCUAACUCACUGUCCUGUUGCGGGAAACUGGAGCGAGUGGGUCACGUGGUCAACUUGCAGCGCCAGCUGUAAUGGCGGUCUGGAACACAGAAACCGGUCCUGCUCCAACCCCGCACCACAGUAUGGUGGUCAAGACUGUGACGGAAAUGGCACCGAGUCCAAGACAUGCUUUCUAACACACUGUGCUGUUGAUGGGCAAUGGUCAGAAUGGAACAAGUGGUCGGCGUGUGACGUCACAUGUGAAGGUGGUCACAAGCACCGCACGCGCUCAUGCACACAACCCCCACCUUCAUACGAUGGACAGAACUGCACGGACGAAGACAAUCAGACAAGCACGUGUACUUUAUCUGCGUGUCCUACCUGGUCUGAUUGGUUCAAGUCCGGAUGUGACGUCACUUGUGGGACUGGUACCGAAUCUUUCUUACGGGUUUGUUCGUCCGGGCAUGAUGAAGAUUGUUAUGGUGACGCCUUCUCUUCUCACGAAUGUUACCAGCUGCCGUGUGGCCCUUAUGAUGAAGCUGUGGCUUGCACUUUUGACACGAUGUGUAACUGGGGAACCGUUGACACGGGCGAUGCCGCCGACAGCUGGGCACUCGAACAUGGAACUGACCACACAAACAAUUCAGGGUCAUUUAUAUCGAUCGGUUCGUCCACGAGCGUUGCUGGAACUAACAGCCACGGAGUAAGAUUACGGAGCCCAAAGUUACCACCCACGGACCCUAGUGGAAACUGUUUGCACUUCUGGUAUAAGCUAGACGCAGGGGUAGGGGAUCAAAGUCUAAAUAUUUACAAGACGGGAAACGUGAGCACUACAGAAAGCAGUCUUUGGGUAUCUAGAAAUGCUGGCAAAAAUACUUGGCUACUUGGCCAAGCUGAUAUAACUGCACAUCAGGAUUACUUCAUUAUAAUUGAAGGCACACUGUCCCAGACAACAAAAAGCAUUUCACUAGACGAUGUUUUAAUGACAAGCGGAGCCUGUCCGCAAUCUGGCCUUGUUAUCAUUGGAUAAAUAGACACUGAAUUAGCUUCAUAGCCAGCUUUAUAUUG